CUCAUCACUUGUACGGUACAUUCACCUUCGCCUCACCCAGGGCAGCCUCACUCUAAGUAGCCCCCUGCCUCCUCUACAUCACUCCACGAAACUACUGUAAUGUAAAGGUGUCGUCCUCGAACGGUCCCUGUCGAUAUCCUUCUCAGCACACCAUCUGCGUGUCGCGGCGAUACCUCCCGAUUGGUCUCUGUGACUACCCAACCUUCGUACACCACAAACCGCAGUUUAGGCGGAAACACGCGACGGUGAACUUUGAGUUGGAGGAUACAAGGCUUUCCUUUGUUCUCAGAUUUUCUCGCUCUCUGUCGUUCAUUACACCAUCACUUGUUGGUCGUCAUCUGGGCAGUAUCGCCAUUGAACCUACACCAGACGCUAAGGUGACGUCUGUCAGAGGGCGAUCGGUGCGUCUCUGCGCAGGACAAGAGCCACGAGGGAAGACAAUUUGACAGGCAAAUGCGUGGGAAUAUACUACUGUCGCAGUGACCAAGUCAUGCUGGGCCUGGGCCAUGCAUCUGUACGAUAGACAUCAUCGUCCAAGAAGGAAGGCCCCGGCGUGAAGCUGCGCCAGAGUCGACGACAAUGCCUUCUGCGGUACCAGACCAGAAUAACUACUAUACCACGCACCACCGCCGACAGUCGUCGCAUUCUCAGACCAACCUGCCGACCCAGAUCAGGGCUUCUCCUACGCAAGCUCCGUCUCCCGAUCCAUCACUUGCCUUCUUACCAUCUACCACAUACGCCCAGCAGCAGCCCUCACCUCAUGUUGCUAGGACUCCUUCCGGUCCAACACCCUCCAAGUCAAAUAUUAGGCUGGAGUCUGUGCCUUCCGACGAAGUAGCAAUUGAUCCGCACGCCUUCUAUAGGCAAUACCAAGACCCUUUCACGAAUGCCUCUCCACAAGCCCUUCAUCAAGAAGCGAUACGAACGACGGUGUUUGAGGAUGAAGAUGAGAAAAAUGCUGCAACAAGGAAGUCGAGCUUUGCCUCAGCCCAGUCGAACGAGGAUCGGUUUCAAAGACCCUCCCGAAAUUCAACAGCGGGACGACGCCCGACCGUGAACACUCAGAACCUGCCAGGUGGCAGUUGGGAGAACAGUCCUGCCAGAACAUUGUUGAAAUCAAGAAAGGCUUCAUUCAAGGAUCUUGUCGCACGCUUUGAUGCCUCGCCGGAGGAGGUCCCGCCAUUACCGACACAGUUCAUCACGCGGCCAGCUUCAAGAACUGCAAGUCCGAUGCCGUAUUCGACAAUUGAUCCCUCAAAUUCCUAUGGAAGCACUGUCCCCCAGUCAAAGCGCUCAGAGCCUAGGCUAUCGGAGUCUAUGAGAAGGAUGUCACCCAGUUACGGAAUUCGCCCUCCGACAGCUAUUCCCCGUGGCCGGAAUAGAGGAGCGUCAUUGGCGUCUGCCUCAACUCCCGCUGCUGACCCGGUUCAAUCUGCGGGUCCUGGGCGUAAGCUUUUGUUCGGAGAAGUCAUCCCAUCAACAUCAAAACUUCCAGCGGCAGGUUAUGGCAUCCACAAUGCUCGUAGAAGAAGAGGCUCAGAGGGAUCACCAAUGCAUAGUCCGAACCCGAUGUUUCCAUCGAGCACCGCCGACCCCCAGCGGUCACUCCAUUCGGCCACUGGUCAAGAUCCUGCGCAGGCAUAUUCGGUGGUAGACAGGACUAUUCCAUCUGCUAAUGCCGCUGGCACGGGCUCAAACCACCGGCGAGCACAGAGUGAUCUCCCUGGACCAUCAUCGAAAUCCGGCCGCGACGCAAACUCGCCCGUCAUGAGACGAGAGCGCAUGGAUUCUUCACCUCAGGGUAAUGCACAAUCGCGCAUUCCUAUCAGUGUGCGGCACAAUCGUAAUUUAUCAGAGCCGACAAGCAUCUCUCCAACGACUGGAUCAAGUUCACAGCUGCCACUACGAAUGAAUGGGCACCGCCAGUCGCCGGCAAGCCUUACUCCGUACACGGACAGGAAACCUCCAAGCCCUCGCCGAGGGCCUCGAUCUCAGAUUCAGAUAAAGAGCCCCGGGCCAAAGUCGGGAGGAGGCACCAGUGAGAAGAGCCCUUCAUUGAGGGCGAACAUCAUUGCCCCUCCACCAAAGAUUUCACCCCCGCUUCGAAGUUCAAGACCACGUUUGCCUGUAUCAAGUGCAACGACUGCUGCGUCUCGAGCAAAGAUGGCCGAGAAGUUUCAGACAAUGGCUAAGCAACAAAGCGAUAGCAAAGCAUAUAGGCGACAGAGACCUCCCGAACUUACUGAUAUUGACCUUAAGGCUCGGCGACUGAAAAUCACACAAGCCUUGACUAGGUCAAAGGAGGGCCAGGAUCUGAACGGCGGGUUAGUUUCUUUGCGGACAACCUCGACGUCGACCAGUCGGAACAAUAGUAUUGCUCUUUCAGACGACAGUGAUAAGCCCGAGGCUUCCACUCCAGCGAAUAUCGAGAUACCUGCUGUCGUCGUUGAUGAACCGGCCCCUAUCCAAGACGCUCCCGAAGAACAUGCCUUCUACACUCAGGAUCGGCGAGUUGUAGACGAUCGGCGAGCCUUUACCCAAAAUGCGCUUCAAAUUGUAGAUGGAGGCACACCCCAAACAUUGGAUGAGGUUGACUCUCCAACACUUGGUCAUACUGGCUCGGCAUUCACCAGCAUACCAUACAGCCUCGAUACCCAUCUGCAAUCUGGAAACGAUGAUCAAGACCCGCGCUCUGCUGUCACCCAAGGGACUGCCAAUACGGAAGCCACAAUGAUAGAUGCCGAACCACAGGCUGACGAGCCUGAACUUCAGCCAACGCAGUCUCUCCUAGACCAGAUAAGUAUCCUUAGGAGUUAUGGUUCCAGAUCGCCAUUGUCUCCUGAUUCACAUGCAUCAGGCGAUAAUUCUGAUCAUGCUGAUGGGGUUUCUGUUAAUCUUAUGUUGCGAGAAACGACAUACUUGGAUGAUGAUGAAGCGGCCGAAAAGGGUUACCGACCAUUACUACCUCCAUCAGAGCCAUUACCAAUGCCACCUACGUUCCACAGAAGCUCCUGGACGUCAUCUUUGACCACCGACCACCGCAAUUCAGAUACUGAUGAAGUUGGCAUUGAUAAAAAUGCAACUCACCAUUCAGACAAAGGGGCCGUAGAAGCAGGAUCCGACAGCUUUUCCGAUGUUGACCAGUCCAGUGUUGAAGGCUCGACUGGAGAAGCGUAUGCCACAGAUGCAUACACAAUUGUUAAUAUCGUGUUGCAGCAGCGAACACCAUCUGGAGUUGUCGAUCAACAGCUUGUGGAUGAUAUUUACCAUCGCAUAAUUCAAGCUUCCCCAGAUUUAGUCGAUGCUGAAAGCGUCGAUGAAGCAAAAGUGAGAGCUUUGUGUCUUCAAGAACUAGAUGACCACAGUCUGCACUGGGACCAACAGGUAACCCCACCGCCGCCAGCCGAAGAGGCCCAGCAUGAAGCUUCGUUAAGCGCGGAACCAGAUCUAAACAACGGUAAAUCUGGAACACAGACCAUCACUGCAAGCCCACCCACGACUGGCGUUGCCGCACCUAACCCACCUCAGAGUUACCGAUCUCACCACCGGUAUAAGUCUAGUCUGGACAGCGCUGAGGAUUGGGCGGACACCUCACCUUCGGUCACAGAUUGGAUUCAGUUCGCACUUAAAUCUCCAAAGGACGGCCAACAUCGGCAACAACAACAGUCACUACUGGCAAACGAAACAUUUCGUACUGAUGGAGCAAAGACUCAAGAGGGCUUGGAUCAGAGACAGGCUCCCAAUGAACCAAGCAGAAGCGAAUUCAUGGAGAUAGUGACUGGCCGGGACAUACCGCGGCCACCAUCGCACUCGCCUCCCCCACCCCCGGCUGCCUUCAUGCCAUCGAUUGCUCAGACGUCUUGGUCCGCGCCUGUCGGAGUGGCGGCUCCAAGCAUGCCAGCUGCUCCACCUUCAAGACCACUCACAGCUGUCUCGCAGAUGUCGGCGAGGUCAAGCAUUGAUCAACAAGGAAUGUCGACUGAGUCCCCUGCGACCAGACCUUCUACGGAUGAUCAAACACCGGAGCAACGUCGUCUCAAUAAACGGCGGUAUGUUCUCAAAGAGCUCGUAGAUACGGAGUACACUUACGAACGGGACAUGCGAGUGUUAUGUGACAUCUAUAAGCAGACAGCUGUGGCGGCAAUAUCCGAGGAAGACAUCAAGAUCAUCUUCGGGAAUGUCGAUAUUGUACAGCAAUUUUCGAAGGAUUUCCUCGGCCUCCUGAAGCAGGUGGUCAAACCAGCCUAUGUGAUGGAAAAAGUGGACCGACGCAAAGAUGGAAAUCGUUCCUCGACAGUACAAAGCUCGGCCGCUUCAAUGGAUGGUGUUAUCGACAUGAGCGAUGGAGACAAAGACGAACUUACCAGAGUUGGUCAAGCCUUCGAGGCCUCCAUGGGUGAUAUGGAGAAGGUCUACACCGAGUAUAUUCGGACCCGACAUGCUGCAAACAAGAGACUAGAGGUUUUACAAUCUGACUCAGCAGCACGAGAAUGGCUGAAGGAGUGCAAGGAGAACUCGACUGAUAUCACAAACGCUUGGAGUCUAGAUGCCCUUCUUGUCAAGCCAAUCCAGCGAAUUACCAAGUACCCUCUUCUAUUGAUGCAGCUUGUGGAUACCACACCAGAUAACCACCCUGACGCAAGCUUCUUGCGACGAGCUCUGGUUGAAGUGACCGAGAUCAAUAUACGCAUCAAUGAAGUCAAGAAGCACACGGAGUUGGUUGAUCAGGUUCUAAACAGGAAGCGUAAGGACUCUGAUGUUCGCAAUGGAUUGACAAAAGCAUUCGGACGCCGUGCGGAAAAAUUGAGGCAGAAUAUGGGUAUCAAUGAGAUGUUUGAGGACGAAGAAUACGCCAAAUUGAAGAUCAAAUAUGACAACAACAUUGCACAUCUGUUUCUCGUCUCCAAGGACUGCCAGGGGUAUAUUGAAGCCAUAACCAAAUGGGUUACGCGCAUGUGCGAGCUGGCAGCGGCAGCUGAGGCGUGGGUCGACGUUGGGCAUACCCAUUAUCCGGAAGCUGAGAGCAAACUUCGACAAUUCGCGAUUGUGGUUCGAGGCAUCAACUCAAUAGCCUUGCCAGAUCAUAUUGACCAGGUGAAUCGUCGCGUCAUUAGUCCGAUGGAAAAGACCGCGACCAUGCUGGAGAGAUUCCAGACCGACCCGAAAGGACUCGUGGCCAAGCGAGACAAACGACUGCUGGACUACAACCAAUUUAAGAACAAGAAGGAUAGGGGCGAAAAAAUCGACAAGAAGAUGACUGAACGCAUGGAGCAGUGGGAAGCACUCAACCUUGAGGCAAAAGAAAGAAAGAAACGGCUGCUCAAGUCCACUGCCGACUUGGUCCUCUCGUGUCAACAAAACCUUCUUGGACUUCACCUAAAUUGGCUGGCAAUGUGCAAGCAGAAGUUCUCUGCAGCGAUGGAAAUUUCUCUCGACAAAGUCAAGCCGGAGGAAAUCGUCAAAGACUGGCAAGAGGAUUUUGAGUACCAUGAAGAACAGAUACUCAUGUUGAGUAUUUGCAACGGCUCUUUGUUGGCUGAAGCAGGCAAUCUGCUCUCUUUCUUGACACCUGGGACGACAUUGCUCGGCGACGAUUCCCCUCGACAGCCUUCGUGGAACAGUGGGCAUAAAGGGCGAUCGAUAUCUAUCAACGAUGACACGUUAACGUUCAGUUCAAGCCAACGACAAAGCGAAGGUCUGAUGAGUUCACAUAGUAAUGACCAGAGUGAGCCGAGCUCGUUCAGUUUUGUCAAUGGCCGGAUACGAGCCACCUCGGCAGCGUCUGGAAGACUCCCCAAAACCCCAGAGACUGGUUCUCGCGGAGCACCUUCUGUCCAUACUGUUCACAGCACUAGUGCGUCUCGACCAGGCACUAGCCCAGGGCUGCCUGAAGUACCUGCUCCUCGAUUAAGCCUGGACGUGGCAUCACCUUCCAUCGGACCCUUGUUGUCAGAUUCACCUCAGGCCAAUAGACACAUGUCUUCAUCGACAUUUUAUUCUGCGGCGCCGGAACCCAAUCAAUCACAGACUCAGCUGGCACCCAGUGGUGGUAACAUCUUUUCCUCGGCCAUGCCUAUGGACGAUAACAACAGACCACAGGAAGAGGACGGAACGACGGGCCCUACGCGUGAGCCAGGAGUUCUGUUCACGGCGGCAAGUGUGUAUGAAUUCAACAUUGAUCGGUCACGUCAACAGGGUGGAUUUCGCUAUCUCACAUACAUGCCUGGUGAGAUCUUCGAUGUGAUUGCUGAAAAUGGAGAACUUUGGUUAGCCAUCAAUCAAGACGAUGAGAGCAGAGAGAUUGGCUGGAUCUGGAACAAGCACUUUGCCAAACUGGCAGAGUAGCGACGUGGAGAUGUAUGCGGAAACUUAUAAAUGAGUGAGAUGGUAUACUCACUCAUGCGACCACUCUUGGAUAAUCUGUCUGCAUGACGGAUGGGAAUCAUCACUUUCUAAGAAUACCAACGCGCCUGAUGGUAUUACUUUUUUCUCUCUUUUUAUUUUCAUCAGCACGCUGUCAUCAGCUCGGGGUUCAACAGCAAGCAUGACCAAAAGUGCAUGUACAGUGGGACCUCGCUAGGAGAUGGAUGGUGGGUGGGCUCACUGGACAAUUUUCAAAGGUACUUUUUGUUUUCUAUCGAGCGUUCGAGCGGGCUUUAAAACUAGGCGUCGGAUGGAAAGGGAUCUUGAGAACAACAGAGAUGUACAUUACUAAGCGAUGAUGAUGACCUGAGAGUUGAAGAUGUAAAUUGGAUGAGACAGCGAGAGAGCGAGCAAGGACUUAUUAGUGCUUUGCGAGGACAUGGUAGAAGAAGACAGCGCUCAUGCAAAAUGCCAUUAUCUCUUGU